AUGAGAUGGGAUGAAGAAAAAAUAAGAAUUGGCUUUCCGCCGUAUGGAAAUUAUUUAAUCUUAUCUCUACCAUUAAGUGUAGGAAGGCCAGUUGAUCAUCCGAUGUGGUUUGAUAGCAAAGGAGGGGACUAUACGGUGAGAUUGGGUUACAGGUUGUUAUGUUCAGAGAUAGAAGGGUUUAACGGUGCAAGCACCUCUAUUCAUAUGUUAUCCAUUUGGAGAAAAUUGUGGAGCUUGAGAAUACACAGGAAAAUAAACAUGUUUGCUUGGAGAAUGAUUAAUGGAUGUCUUCCUACAAGAGCUGCUCUAAUUCAAAGAAGACUUAAUGUUGAUUCGGGUUGUACCUUUUGCGAUGAAGGGCUAAAAACAGACUUCCAUAUUUUUCGUAAUUGCCCUUUCGCUAAAGCUGUAUGGAUUGCCACUGAAUGGGGCUUCAGAGAUAUUGCUGGUCACUUUUCAUCUGCUAUUGAUUUGUUAAAGGAUUUGCUUCAGCAGAUGGGUAAAAAUGAGUUGGAGGAGAUAAUCUGUGUUCCGUGGUCACUGUGGAAAGCAAGGAAUUGCUUUGAUUUUUAA